AUGGUCGCUAUCGACCCCGUCAAGCAACUCAUCGUGCUGGGCUUCCGUGGAUCUAAAUCUGUGGGCAACUGGCUCGCCAAUGCCAAUAUCGAGCGAGAAAGAGUAUCCCUUGUGCUCUGGGUCACAGCUGCACUUCAAUCUGCUGUCGCUCAGUUUCCCAGCUACCAGAUCAUUGCGACGGGUCAUUCUUUGGGAGGUUCAGUCGCGACUAUUGCUGCUGGCGACCUGAGGCAGGCCGGCUACACGAUUGACCUGUACACCUAUGGCGCACCAAUGUCUGGAAAUAUUGCCUUCGUCAACUUUAUCUCCAGCCAAGGAAACAACUACCGAGUCACCCACGACAAGGAUAUUGUGCCCAAGCUGCCAGGGUAUCUCCUUGGAUAUGCGCACAUCUCGAACGAGUAUUGGGUCACCGCGCCAUCUGGUGCGGCAGUCACAACCAGGGAUGUGCAGGUUUCAAGUGGUGCUCUGAACCUGCGAGGGAACGCAGGGCAGCUCGAGAGCUCGACAACGGACCACAACUACUACUUCGGCAACAUCACCGCAUGUGGGCCGGAGAAUCUUGAAUUCCCAUGA